GUUUUAUCGAACGUCAGUUUAACGACAAAGGACGGAAGACAAGUUGUAACGGAGUUGAAGUGUAUCUGAUAGAGACACACAAGCCACCCGUUAACAAGAUGGCAGCCGCAGACUGUGGCGAUGCUCUUAGGUCAGAGUUCUCCUGUCAGUGAAUGAUUGACUCAGCAGUGUGUAAAUACAGCAGCGCCUCGAUAUCUGCAGCCUUAUCCAGUAAUUGGUGAAGUCUGGAUGCUGCUCCUGCCGGCCGGAUAAUUAAAAUGCAGGAAGACGUCAGAAUGAAAUUACACCAUCAGAAGUUCAGUGGCAGGGUUCGGACAAACUGACAGCAGGCAGAGAUGAGUUUUAGGGUGAGCGUCUGUUUCAAGAGGACUGUACGUCAUAAAAAUGUUAACUUUUAUGUGCCUGAAGGCUGCAGAGCAGGAAGCAAAGUGGCUCCUCAGCCUUCAUUAAAACUCCUCCAUCUGCUUCUCAGUGCAGCAACGUGACGCAUCCGUGCAUCGAGGAGGGCCCAUCAGGACCAGAUGUCUGAAUGACACAUAACAAACAAGCCGUGGAUCACCCACCAUAGAUAACCAAGCGAGACAACAGAGGGCAGAAAGGUAGAAAAAGACAAACAGUAACAGCUACACGAUGGGAACAAAAGAGAGAUGAGGAUUAAAAGUACACCAACAUUAAUUGUGAGCUGCAGCGAUUCCUCAGCCAGGACUGCAGAGAAGCAGGAUGAAUGGAGCUCCAGUUACUCGUCCAGCCGGGGAAAAUCUCACGGUGCUGAUGAAAAGGCGCACACCAUCGACGCUCUGCCUCCAGGUAAGGUGCGCUGGCAGGAUUUCAACCAGAACCUUUACGUUGGCGCCACCUUGGUCCGACCGGGUCAGGAUCCUUACGCCAGGAACAAGUUCAAUCAGGUGGAGAGCGACAAGCUGCAAAUGGACCGAGCCGUUCCCGACACCAGACACGACCACUGCAGAAGUAAACAGUGGAGGUCAGACCUGCCAGCCUCCAGUGUUGUCAUCACCUUCCAUAAUGAGGCUCGCUCUGCUCUGCUGCGGACUGUCAUCAGCGUCUUAAAGAAAAGUCCUCCUCACUUGGUCAAAGAAAUCAUUUUGGUUGAUGACUACAGUGACAACCCGGAGGAUGGAGCCCUGCUGGGGAAGAUCGAGAAGGUUCGCAUCCUCAGGAACGACCGCAGAGAAGGACUGAUGCGUUCGAGGGUCCGCGGUGCAGAUGCCGCCACAGCGCCAGUCCUCACCUUCCUGGACUCUCACUGUGAAUGUAACGAUCACUGGCUGGAGCCGCUGCUGGAGAGAGUGGCUGAGGAUAAAACGAGGGUAGUUUCUCCAAUCAUUGACGUCAUCAACAUGGACAACUUUCAGUAUGUGGGAGCCUCGGCCGAUCUGAAAGGAGGCUUUGACUGGAAUUUGGUUUUUAAAUGGGACUAUAUGACUCUGGAGCAGAGACGAGCCAGACAAGGCAACCCCAUCGCCCCCAUCAAGACGCCGAUGAUUGCUGGCGGUCUGUUCGUCAUGGAUAAGGAGUAUUUUGAGCGACUAGGAAAGUAUGACAUGAUGAUGGACGUCUGGGGAGGCGAAAAUCUGGAGAUCUCGUUUCGUGUGUGGCAGUGUGGUGGCAGCCUGGAGAUCAUCCCCUGCAGCCGGGUUGGCCACGUCUUCAGGAAACAACACCCCUACACCUUUCCUGGAGGCAGCGGGACUGUGUUUGCGAGGAACACAAGACGAGCAGCAGAGGUGUGGAUGGACGAGUAUAAGAACUUCUACUACGCUGCUGUUCCCUCGGCGAGAAACGUUCCCUACGGGAAUAUCCAGAGUCGCUUGGAGAUGAAGAAGAGGUUGGGCUGUAUGCCUUUCAAAUGGUACCUGGAGAACGUCUACCCCGAACUGAGGGUUCCAGAUCAUCAGGACAUCGCCUUCGGAGCGCUGCAGCAGGGAGGAAACUGCCUGGACACCCUGGGGCACUUUGCAGACGGAGUGGUAGGCGUCUACGAGUGCCACAACGCCGGAGGCAAUCAGGAAUGGGCCCUAACCAAAGACAAAUCGGUGAAACACAUGGACCUUUGUCUGACGGUGGUGGACCGGACCGCCGGCUCCCUAAUCAAACUACAAGGAUGUCGAGAGAACGACAGCAGACAGAAAUGGGAGCAGAUCGAGUCCAACUCGAAGCUUCGUCAUGUGGGCAGCAACCUCUGCCUGGACAGCCGCAGCGCGAGGAUGGGUGGGCUAACCGUGGAGGUCUGUGGGCCGAACCUCAGCCAACAGUGGAAGUUCACCCUGAAUUUACAAUCAUAGGGGGCGCUGCAGAGCCCUGGAUAUCUGACUGAGACACAAAAAGACAGAAAUACGAGCAAAAGACUGGAGGAGCCGGAUGGACUGGAAUAGUCCUUGUCCUCCGCAGAGACGCAGCCAGUUCUCUCUACAGCCCUCUCCCCCAUCACCGCCCCUUCCCUUAAACGUCGAGCCACGCCCUGUGGGGGAGGGGCUUGUAGACGGCGUCAGACCGAACCGGAGACUGACUGCAUGCGGUGGAUGGAAGCGAUGGAGAGGAUUUAGUUUCCAACGACAUACCUCGGCCUUCUGUCAUUGACGGUUCCAGAGAGAUUUCCUUUUUCUUCUUUAAUGCUGGUUGAAAACAAACUAAACUCUUUGGUGGAUUAUUUUUAUUUUUCUUAUGCGUUUUUUUUUUAUUAUUAUUAUUCUUGAAUCUGCUGAGAGCUGCUGGAGCUGGUUCUGUUCCUAAGUGAUUCUUGUUGGGACAGAUGGAGGUUUCUUAUGGGGGGAUUUUGGGUGUCGAGUGAUGAUGGGAGGAGGAACACGGACUCGAUUCUUCGAGCUGUUCUUUUGCUCUCUCACUAGUUUACAGAAUUGACAAAAAGAGAUGGAGGAGGAGAAAAGAGAACUCUGUAUUUUACUUUCUGUGCGUCUGAUUCUAGUCUGUUGUCCUUGGGAAAGUCUUUACUUCGUGACGGAGGGUUGCGUCUGAAACAAAGCCCGUCUCUAAGGUCUUCAGGAUGUAGCACUGGCUGCUGCAGCAUCUUUACUUCUACACUUUGUUGUUUCUUAAAAACUGCACAAAAAAAAAACAAACAAACAUAAUAAGUCUUUGUUUUGUUUACUCUUGUCAGCAUAUGACACCAGAUUUGAAAGAAGAGUUUGUUUUAAGUUUCAGGAGGACCAGAGGAGCAAUUAAAAGCAGUUUUUCCUUACAUACUGUGGCUGUUCUCUGACUGCUCCUGGUGGCCUGUCUUCACAUCUUUACAUUUGCUGGUUGAGACAUGGGAUGGUGUGAUCAACUUCACUAAAUCAUAUCCUAAAUAUUUUGACAAUAUUUACAACUGUUUCAUCAUUUUAAUCAAAAACAGAGGAGCAGAAAUUAUUUCUAUUAAUAAAAUAACAUACAAGGAUUAUUACACACUUAAUAGUAAUAAUACUCACAAAUAUUUUAUUUUAUUUUGAUACAAAACUAAUGGUAACACCUGGUAAAUUUAAUUGUAGCUUUCAAGUAAACAUACAGAAUAUUUGUAUUUAGUUAUUUUGCUCCAUGACGGCCUGAUGGUUGUCACUACUGGAAGUAUUUCCAGACAGCUGAAUUUACCCUUUUAUAUCAGCGAGAGGGGGAAAAAAAAAAGUUCCGUUUUUUAAUUUAAAAAAAAAAAAAUACAAGCCAGCUGACCAGCAGUGUGCAGCGACAGGUGAGGGGAAGGCAGCAUUCUCCAGUUUAGCACUUUCUCUGACGCCUCGUUAAAGGAAAGCUUGAAGCCGCAGGAACAGUUUUAUGAUACUUUUAAAAGUUUUGAGCCCAUAACCUUUUGAUUUUGAAUACGUUUCAGUUCUUCAGUUCUGACCACUCAGGUUUCACCCGUGAUGCGAAAUUCACAUUCUGCCUGUUUCUACUCCUCCACUUGGGUCUCAACUGCUUCUAAAAGUAAACCAGUGUUUAAAAAAUAGAAGUCAAUGUUUUCUGGUGUCUGAAAUGGGCGCUGCGCUGUUACCUAGCAACCCUGGCCGAGUCCAGCCCCAUCACCUAGCAACCCUGGCCGAGUCCAGCCCCAUCACCUAGCAACCCUGGCCGAGUCCAGCCCCAUCACCUAGCAACCCUGGCCGAGUCCAGCCCCAUCACCUAGCAACCCUGGCCGAGUCCAGCCCCAUCACCUAGCAACCCUGGCCGAGUCCAGCCCCAUCACCUAGCAACCCAAGCAGCACUCAGGCACAUCUGUUUCCCUGCUUGAUGCUCCACUAAUGAACGUCGUAUAGUGACACAUCUGCUUGCAGCCAUUUUCAUUUGUGAGUGUAAACAUUGACUUGGGGGCGUGGCCAGCAGCAGCUUACUUGGAUUUAAAGUGACAGGACGCCCUAAAACGGCUCAUUCUGAAAGGAGUUCAAAUUAGACACAUAAUCUCAUUAUGCAAGAAUGAUUUUUAUGUUAAAAAAAAGUGAAGUUUUGUGAAGCCCGUAAAUCUAACCUGUUCAAAGAAGCGUAGUAGGUCACCGUUAACGUGUUUCAGUUCAGCUCUAUGGAUUUCUCUGUCCUAAAUGAUUCAGAAUCUACACAAUGUGUAGAUUUCAUCUUGACACCAGUUCCUGGUCCAUGUCUGCUUCUGAGAUUUACUGUCAGCUUUGUGUCUGAUGGUCUCUAAUAUCGUUUCAGUUUCUCUACUUUCUUAUUGACAAAAGCAUCAGACGUGUUCAUUUCACUGAGGAGCCUCCAUCAGCUUCCUGAUGGGUUCUGUGUGAUGACGGAACCCGCUGUCAGAAGGACCGUCUGCCAUAAGUUUUUCUGAUUGUUCUCUCAGUUUCUGCGGGAGCUUCGCAGAUUUUUCUGAUAACUCAGGCAUUGCUGCUCCGUUCAUGCUGACCGUGGUUGAAAUGGGAAGCUUCUUAUUUUACUCCAACAGCCGAUCAGAGUAACAAUAUUUUGGUGUCACAAAUCAUCACUGUGGCGUUUUUUCACCACAUCUGCAGCAACUUGAUAGUUUUACAGAAGACAUUUUCAGUUCAUUUCUCCUAUCGUAAUCUGACUCCCUCUGGUUUUUUUUAGCGUCUUUAUUGCAUCAUAUUUGUUGUUUAUUCUCUUCAAUUCUAUUUUAUUAAUAACUGAUGAUGAAGGUCGAGGAGAAUUAGCUCUGCAUACGUUUGGAGUGACGCGUUGAUUUGGAGUGACGCAUUGAUUUGGAAAUUCACUGCGUCUUAUAUCGGAUCAAGCAAAGGUAUUCGCAGUCCUUGAACUUUUAGACAUUUAGUGACCUGGAUCUGAAAACGUGUUUUAGUAUUUAAUGUGACAAAGCAAAAGUUUUAAAGGAAAUGUACAUGCUUUUUCCAAAUAUUUCACAAAUAAGAGUGGUUAGGUUACUCUGCAAAAACACAAAAUCUAACAAGUAUUUUUGGCCCAGUUUCUUUGUGCACUUGAAUUACGGCAAAACUAACAAGAAACUUCACCAAGAUAUAGGAGCUUGUUUUAAGAUCCAAUGUGAGAUUAUUUCGCUUAUAGGAAAUUGUUUUAUUAGUGAAAAACUGAAACGUACUUUUCAGAUCUUUUUCAGAUCUAGUACUUUUUAAAAUCAGUAUUAACAAAUUAUUGACUCAAAACAAGAUCUUGUAUCUUGCUGAAAAGUUGCUCGUUAGUUUUGUAUUAUAUAAAUUAUUUGCACCAGAAAUUGGACCUAAAUACUUUUUGUGUUUUUAAAACAUCUGCAGCGCUAAUCGUCUCUGGAUCACUGCUAAGUUCUAGUCAACUCUUGGAAAUGGUGACGGCGUCAUGACGCUGUGAGGAGGUUUUACUUCAGGAGGGCCCGGGUGAGGGGUCAAAGGUCACGAGAAGACGAAUGAAGCUUUGCACAUUUAGAAACCAACGUUUUUAUAUCAUUUGAUUUUUUUGCAAAAUGAGCCGAUCUGAGUCAGCGUAGAUGGAGAGGAACGAUCAGCUUCUUUCCCAUCCCUGCUGAAGAAACUUAUCCCCACAGCAUGAUGCUGCCGCCACCAUGCUUCACUGUGAAGAUGGUGGGAGCAAUCCCGUCUACUGUUUCAUAACCCUGAUUUCUUUGUGAUGCUGUCGUCAUGCAAAAUCUCAACACUUUUCAGAACAAGCGGCUCGGCUUCAUCUGAGAUAAACUGGAAAUUAGACACGCCUCUGAUCUUAAAACCAGAAAUUAUUGAUCAAGCCUUCCUGUUUAUAUUUUCUGUCCCAAGCAACCAGCAGACGAGGACAACGUCUGGAGUGUUUUCUGAUACUUUGUGUUUCUCUCUCUUUGUGUUUUUCGCUCUGCGUUGCGUUUGGCAUUUCUUUUAAACUUUGUGUGACGGGAGGAUUUGCCGCCGAAUCCACAGAUGUGGCGUCCACAUUUUUUACAAAUAAUUCAAUGGGUAAAUGAGAUGGGAUCAAACCUGUUGGAGGACAAAACUUUAAAACGUACAUUAAUGUGUUAUAGUUGGUUUGUGGUUUAUAGGGGAUGGUUUGGAAAUCCAAUGGAAAAAUGCUGAUUUUUUUUUUUUCCUUAUAGUUUUGAAAUUUUCUACCUAUCCCUCAGAAGUUCUGCCUGGAUCUCUUAAAUAUUCCCAUAGAAAAAUAUACUAUGAUCAUUUUUUUUUUCUAUUUGUAAGAAAAAGCGCAGAAAAUGUAUUUUUAGUGUUUUGACUUUUAUUGUUGACUUUUUUUGUUGACCUUUGAAGUGAAGAAAAUGGCUGCAGUUUUAUAUCCCCACCUGAGUCGGUGAAAUUAUUUCUUAAUAUUUUAUUUAAGGUUGCUCUAGAAACAUCUUCAAUCAACAUAUUGUACCAUUAUUUUUUAUAUGAAUUCUUCAUUUUGCUAACUUUAAACAUCUUAAAUCUUUAGCAGUUUGUCGUAAACUUGAAUUUUCAGAGCGGUUGCUCUCUGUCCCAAAACAAACCCUCCCACAGCAACAACUUUUGGCUGCCGGUUAUAAAAAAACAGUUUCUUUUUUUUUUAUAUCCUAAACAUUCAAACUGGUAGGUUCAAUAAACACAAACUAAAAAUUUUUGUCCAGUCGGAAAAAUUAAGUGCGACUUUUUAAAAGGAUUUCUGCCAGAAAAUGAACACAAAUCAAGAAAUUGUUUGCUUAAAGAAGUCGCGCAUUUUAAACGUGCAUCAGCGGCACAAAAUAAAAAUGUUGCUCUGAUUAAAAAGGACAAAAUAUUAAUUUCCAAAAAAAUACUCUGCAUGAAGUUUUCUUUAGUUGAAGAUUGUGUUUGAAAUCAGAAGAGCAAAAAACCAACAGGUUUUAUAUCAAGUUUUUUAUUUUAUUUUUAGGACACAAACAAACGGGCCCUGUUCUAACAAAAUAAAUGAAUCUUUUUACUUUUGAGCACAAAUAAAUGUAAUAAUUCCACCGGCACAUUUUGGCUGUUUUUCAGUAAAUCCUGUUGUUCACCCAGAAUGAAGUUUACAAAGUAAAAAUAUGUUCAACAGUUCAUUGCAUCCUCUGCUCUGAGCUGCAGCUCGUUUAGGAAAUCUGAUCGACCGGAACAUCAUGUGACAUGAAGCCUUUUCUCUCCAUCCAGAUGAGAUGUUCGAUACAUUUUCAUCUGUAAUCAUGUUUUACCAAGAGGACAUUAGAAAUGACAGCGAAGUGGAUCAGAUAAAUAAAUGUUUACAUCUUUUGCACAAUGUGCCAAAGCUUCUUUAGAUUUUUGUGUCAGUAGAUGCUUGACGAUUUGCUCUGCGCCGGUUUUAGUCGACUGAUUUUAGCUGCACAGUGGAAAAUGAAUAUUUGAAAAGUAAUUGCUUCGUCUCCCUAAGUCUGCAGCAGAUCCUCUGAGCUGAAUGAUGCUUGUUUUUGGAAGAAAUCUUGCAGACAGGCAUUUUACUUCUUGCCUUUCAGGAGAGUGUAGCACCACUUUGUUUUAAAGAAGUUUUUCUUUUCAACAGGGUGAAAAGUUUAAGCUUCAAACCCUUUAAUUAAAGUUUCACAAUUGAGCCCUGGAGGUUGUAAAAACCAAAAAAAAAAAAAAAAAAACAUUUGACGUUCAGCUCACAACUGGUUUUUAUUUUC